AUGCAGAAGAAAAUUCCGCCAACAUGUGUCCAUGUUGAAGUACGGACCAGGAAGAAGCUUAGCGAUGCGGAUUCCUUCACAAAGUACAUCCAGGACGCUGCAAGGGAAACGCUCCCGGUUCUAUUGCCGCGGAAGAAGUUUGCCUUUGCAUCUGCGGAAACAAAAUCCACAUACAAUUGUGCAUAUGUCGCUCCCAGCACUGGUGACAUCAAUCAGGAAAAGCGUCUUAGAAGGAAACUGCGCCAUCAGCUGCAACAAGACCGCGAUAACGAGUGGGCGUCUAGAGCGAUGGAGUUUGAGAAGGCGUGGGAGGACAGGAACCCGCGGAAAGCCUACGCUCUACUAAAACAGUAUAGCGGCAAAAUGAAAGGAUGUUCCCAUGUCCUCAGCACUACUAAUAUGUGA